AUAUUUAGUUCACUGGAAGACAUGUCCAAACAGGAAAUUCCUGUGCCAGGUACAACAAGCAAUCCCUGAGCAGAGCUGGUUCUGCAGGUUCUGAAUUUUUUGGUUAUUCUGUCAGUUUAAUUAUAUCUCCUCAGUUGAAGAAGACAUGUCUUUUGCAGAAGGUUGGACUGGUCCCGCGGUCAAACUCUCUAAUGGGGUCCGAAUGCCAAUACUUGGAGUCGGCACAUCUCAAGUUGGAGGUUUCUCUCAAGAUGCUGUUCUGUUUGCGCUGCGUGAUUGUGGCGUACGCCUCGUUGACACAUCGAAGUACAAUGGCUUUGAGGUGCAGCUGGCCGAGGCCAUCCGAGAUAGUGGGGUGCCCCGAAGUUAUCUGUGGCUCACCAACAAACUCUGGCCAUUGGACUAUGGAUAUGAAACUGCCAAGACGGCCUUUCACAAAUCCUGCUCUCAGAUGGGGGUAGAGUAUCUUGACCUCUACAUGUUGCACUGGCCAGGUUCGAUGCAGCCUGGUCGCUCGAACAGAGAACUAAGAGCUGAGGCAUGGAGAGCUUUGGAAGAGCUUUAUGAAGAAGGAUUGUGUCGCUCUAUCGGGGUGAGUAACUUUAUGAUUCACCAUUUGGACCAAUUAAAGGAGGACUGCGCUAUCGUGCCACAUCUUAACCAAGUGGAGUAUCAUCCGUUCCAGCAGCCCAAUGAGCUGAUCGAGUACUGUCGUCAUGAGGGCAUCGCAUUUCAGGGCUACUGCCCACUGGCUAAGGGUCAAGUCCUGAGCAGUCCUACCAUUAUCCAGGUGGCACAAAAGUACAGACGCACACCUGCUCAGAUCUGCAUCCGCUGGAGUGUUCAGAAUGGAGCCAUUACUAUACCAAAGUCAACCAAAAAGGAACAUGUGGCUGAAAACUUUCAGGUGCUUGAUUUCCAGCUGGAUGAGGAAGACAUGUUGGUUAUAAACAAGAUGCAUGAUGGGAGACAUGUGUCAUGGGAUCCAGGAGAUGUGGAGUAACACAAGGCACAUUUGGGAGUUAUAAGCUUCUCUCUGUCACAAUUGACAAUUACUGAAUUCAAAUUUAAUAAAAUAAUUGAAUGAAUCAAAACGUUACAUCGGGACACCAUGUUGUUUUGGCAGCUCAAAUCAAAGAAGAUUGUAUAUUUAUAUAGUGUAGUAUGUAUUUUUUCACUUUUAUCAAAUAAGAAAAUAAUAAUUCUGACCCAAAUAAUAUGUGAAUGUUUCUGGGCAACACUGAUGCUAAGCAAUUCAUAAUUACAUAGGUAAUACUGAGUAUCAGUUGUUAUGUCUCCAUUUAUGCGUAUUGACUUUGAGUUGGAUGGGAACAUUUACCACUCACUCUUAUCUGUAUGAUGAAUACAAAGCGAAUAGCAGCCGUUGGUUAGCUUGGCUUUGCACAAAGAGUGAAAAUGUUUGGUUGCUCUUCCUUAAAGUUGUCAAAUUCUGACAAAAAAGUAAGCAGACAUUGAGUCAACCAGUUUGUGAGGUCAAGAAGAAACUGACAAAGUUCUUGAUGUGAAUCAUUGAAAGAGAGUUAAGUGACUGAGUAACUUUUGUGAACUCAUCCACUGAGGAUCAGAAAGUUUCUCAGCUUGAGCAAAGUUGCUUUUUAACUGGAACUGUCAAAAUAAAACCAGGACACAAACACUCAGAGUUAGCAAUAUCAUUUAAUCUUUCCCCCUCAGCUUAGAAUCACUGUUGUACAUAAGUUACACUUGUUUUCUCAAUUUCACAGGUUCAUUUUUUUUCUCUUCAAACUUCCAGUUUGACCUCCCUCUUGUAUCAAACAAAAAAAGCAGAUUGUAUUAUACAAAAAUGCAAACCAAUUUUCACACAGUGAAUUCUCUUACAAAGUCAUAAAAUGGCGUAAUAAUGGCUACAUCCACAUUGGAGGAAGAUAAUUCUAGACAUUCCUUAAUGGAGUAUAAUAUACAUAUAAAAACUUAUUUUUUCUUGCUGAAAUCUAACCUGUACCUUAAUUUAAGAGAUAUUUUACACGGGAGUAAUCAUAUAAAAAAGCCAUUUGCGAAUUUCCCCCCAGAAAGUCAGGGAAUAAAAUGUGAGCCUCAAACAGCAGUAACAGAGUUCAAUGGUCAAAGGUGGGAGUGGAGGGAUUAACUGGUGGUGUAAAUUUGGGGGCGAGUGGGAGCAGUUCCCCUCACAGACAAAAACACAGCAGGUUGAAAUUAAACCUUUUUUUCUUCUUCUACCUAAUAUAAACGAAACCACCCCAUAAGUCAAAAUAUGUCAGUUCUGCAAAGCUAAAGGUGUCUCAGGCUCUCACAGACCUGCACUAACCCAUCAGGUAGAGUCGACAAUGUGAUAGUUUUGGUUGACUUGUACUGUAAGAGCGAUUGAGAAACAACAUAUUGAAUUAACACCAAUAAAUGUUGCCAAUUCAUUGCUAACCCCCAUUUCUCUCCUUUAACGAGUCAUUAUAUUAAGUUUAUGACAGCUGAGUUAAGCUCGGCUGCCGAUUUUGUGAGAAAAGCUGUCAGGAAGGGAAAAAAAAACGAUUGUGUAACUGUCGCUCAGACACUCCUGUAUCUCCCACGCAUUUGACUACACCUCUGGGCAGAUGAUGCAUUCAAGACUGUAAGACUUGCAGGUAGGUAAAUUCACUCAACUAUUACAGGAAGAAAAAAGAGAAAACUACAAACCCUGCUUGGUCGACAGCAUUUCCUUAAAAAAUUAACAUAAUUAACACUUUUUUUUCAAACCUUUAGAGAUUUGCAAUAUUUGCAUUGAUGGCGUUUUGUUAAUGUCUACAAAAAGGGGGGAGCGGCUAGAGUCCAUUUACGUGACUCUGAAUAAUGCCAAUUCAGUGUAAAUUUUGAAGUCAUCUCAUGCUCCUGAAGCAAAAAAGAUAGGGGAGCAUUACAAGAGGAUUUAAGGCCAACCUUUCAUGAGACUUCCUGAAUAUCCUUGAGGGGUUGGGAGGAGGGGGGUGUGGGAAAAUGAACCCCAACACUUUUUAAUACCUCAACACUAUCACCCAGUACAGCACACUUUGAAGGGUGGAAAAAACGUAAGUCAGGGUACAUUUUCUACAAUACAAUCUAGCACACACAAAACUUCUCCAUAAAUUUUCCAAAGUUACAGAAUUUUUGUCUUCUUUGGAAGCAUAGUCUAUAAAGAACAUCUUUGUUUGAACACAAACGAUUAAGUGAAAACAUCAAUGCGCACAGAAGUCCUUCGUCUGGGAAAGGAUAAAGUCUGUGUUGGCAGCCAGUGGACAGAAAAUAAAUCAAAUAAAACAAAAAAAAAACUUUUUGCUGAUUCUAAGUAGAGAUCAUUUAAUAUAAAUGCUGAGCGAGUAGAAUAAGAGGUGGCACGUUAAUAGUGCUUUAGUAUAUUAAUGUACGUAUACAUACUCAUAUGUAUAAGUGAGCUGUGUACCUAAACAAUAAAUGUAGCAAGAAAAACCAGAGGCUUGAAGUGUGGUUGGUAAUCUAAAACAAAAACAGACAGCUGCUAUCAAUGCGCUACUGGAAGAGAUGCUCCUCAAGAAAACCAGAUGAGGACGACGGGCACAAAGGGAUUUGUGUCUUUAUUGAAUUGAUGACUGAUCAGGAAUUUGUCAGUUUCUCUGUACCCCUCGUCCGGCCGCAUCGGAGGCCCAACGUUAAAAAUAGAACUACUUGACCCAGAGCAUCUCCUCCAUCCUUACAACCGUUCAAGCACAAAGGCUCUUUUGCUCUCAUCAGAGCUGUAAAAAUCAGUCAUGCUCAUUGUUUACAGAAGGCAGAGAGCUCCGUGUUGAGCAUCAGCGGUAAACAAUUUGCAUGAUGUGGAAAGAGGAAUAAUCUUCUGAAUGGUGGUGACGUUGACAGCAAAUUUUGAAGAGACAAAAGUGUUUAUGUGAGCGUGAUUAUUGUGCUAGCCAAUAAAGAUGCUUAAAUAUAUUUAAUAAAAUAUCAAUAAUUAAAUCUUAGGUUCAUUUUGUUUACCCCUCAGUAACCAACGACCAUUAUCUAGUAUCCUCAGCUGUAAACAUAAUUAUAUGUAUACUGUGCAGCUAAAAACACUACAACAGUAUAUUUUAACAGUAUAAUUGAUCAUUCAGGACAGAGAGGGACGUUCAGCCAGUUGAGCUAUUGUUGCCUUCACUAGUUAAAGCUUCACCCACCAAAAUCAUAACAACGCAAAGCAUGAAAAAAUAUAACAAAACUCAACAAAAGACAAAAGGGAAGGCAACUUCAUAGAAGUUAGGAGAACAAAUGACAAGAUAAUCCCAAUGGGGAGGCCUUUUGUGUGGCUAGAUGAGAUGCUCUGAGGAGGGAAAAGAAAAAUCGUAAUUUAUUUACCCCUGACGUUAUAAAGUCAAGAUUACACUCAUUCACCUGACUCCUGAAGCAGAAAGACUUACUCCACCCCUUCUCCUCAAAUAAAGACAAAAACUUAUCUGAGCAUGCUGUGAAAUAUUACAUAACACAAACAGCCAAGACUGAAUGCAGUCCGUCGGAGCAACAGGAGAAAGGUGUUGUAACUAACACAUCAAGUCAGACUGUAACCAAAAGAAGCACUGGUUGAUUUCCAUCAUAGAAAACUUGUGGAAAGCUUGUUAUCAAAAAGGACUUGUUGCAAUCUUUAAAACAGAAUGCUUUGAUUAAAUAUAGAAUAUACUGCCUUCAAGUAUGAAACAGACGUAUGAUGUGUUGAUAGAUGCACUAAUAAAAAAAAAUAUAUAUACUUCUGUGGCCAAAGGUGAGAAUUAGAAACACCUUGCAUCUCCAUUUACGGUGAAUACUGGUUGAACGUCAUACUGCUUCCCCUCCUCAGAGCAUCCGGAUCAGAGCCACCACGUUUUUUUUACGAUUCUGGGGGUGAGCACCAGGCGACAUACAUCUGCUGUUUUUUUACAAAACCUUCACACAUCAUGAGACUGUGAGAAGAGAAGUUCCUCAUAGAUCAUGGUAUGUGAUGGUGCUUGUUGAUUUUCUCCUCUGAGUCUAACCGUUUAUUUACACGUUUGCUGGGACAACAAAACAAAAAUCUUAAUGUGGGGACGAUCCAUCAAAAACUUGACAACAUUGUUGUGUUGAAAUAGGUCUGAAGUUACGAUAAUAUUGUCAACAUCACCACCAUUUUCCCUUUCAGGUUUAUCUAUUGCGAGCCUUGUUAAUCUAAAA